UCUCAUCACUAUUUGCUUUUGCAUUUGUGCCGAUUUUCUUUUGUUCGCGGUAACGUCACGCAUUCAACUGCAAGUGCUGCACACCGAAGGAAAAACAAGCCCCGCCGAGAUCGAUGCGAUGGAAGGCCUGCGCGUUCUCUUGUAGUUGCCCGCGCGCCCCGACGAAUUACAGGGCGUGGACGCGAUGGAUGGCCGAGGCUCGUAGAGCAACGCCUGGGACACUGGGGCAGUUCUCUGGCCCACGUCGGGGCCCAGUCUAAGAGCCUGCAGCGUCGCCGCCGUUUCCCAAUCGCGAGCCGAGGGGUGGCGAAGGCCCGAAGCUGUCGGGCCAUUGGGAGGCCGCGAAGCAAAUCCACGCGCCGCGCCCGUUUUUGGGCCAGUGUGCUCUCUUGUGGAAGCGGGAGAGCGAUGCCGCGCCCGAGAGUAGCAGCACCGCGGGCAAUGGGCCUCGCUCGGGCGGGCGCUACGCUGCAAGGAGCCGCGACCGCGCGCCACUAACUUUCGCAGGCAUUGGCCGGCCCGCUUUGGUCUGGCACAGGAUCGCCCUCGAAAAAGCACCCUGCUGGCAUUGAAGAAGAGCGACCGCGGGGGCCGCAGGUGUGUGAAUCUGUCUCAAGUGUCAUCGGCCACACCAGGCGAGGCGGCGGGGUGAGGCGUUUCGGAGAAUGCGGGCCAUUACGGAACUCCUGCGAAAGCCAGCGCACAAUAGCAGGGCCUCACUAGGCCCCGCUCUUACCUCUUUGUUUGUUGGCGCGCGUCAGCUGGGGGCCUUGCUCCGGUCGGCGCAAGCAUCGGCAGUGGGCCGGGCAGGCCUCCACGCCUGCCAUUUCAAUAGCUGUGGCGCCAUCUGGCGCGCAGGUGUUGCUUUUCGUUGUCGCUGGCACUUGCCUAAGUCGUUGGCGCGGCAGGCAGGCUAGCCUAAAUCGCUGGCGCGCCCAGCAGCUGCGAGCUUUCCUCGCGCGUGGAAGGAUGCGCAUUAGCUCUGAGUAGUGGCAGAGCUCGAACUUCCUCAGGCGUGUCGACACGCAUUCUGCGCAUUGCCGCUCAAAUACGAAUAAUAUCGGCCGGCGUACUGGACGCUGACUGUUUCUUGGUCGCUGGCCGCAAGAACGCUCA